GUUUAUUGCGCUUAAAUAUAUGCACCUUCCUUUCAAAACUCUCUGAUUGUAGAAUUAUAUCACAACGAUGGGUCUGAGUCUCAAUUUUGUCGUGGAACAAAACCAGGUACUUUUCUCAGGAAAUUCUUGUGUAAAGUUGGUGAUACUAAACAGACCUGAGAAGCUAAACAGCCUUAACCAUGAAAUGAUUUGCCGAAUAAAAAAGAAUUUAGAGUUGUAUGAGAAGGAUCCUUCAGUCCAACUUGUGAUACUGAAGGGCAAUGGAAAAGCUUUCUGUGCCGGUGGUGAUGUGGUAUCAGUCAUUACUUCCUCAAUUGUAGGUAUAGCUUCUCCAAAACCAGCAAAAAAAAAUAUGAUAUAAAACUAUAACCGGUGA